AUGAAGAUAAGGCUACUCGAUACGAGGACAGGCCACUUUGUGGAGAAGGACCCUAAGCACACCGAAUACGCCAUCCUAUCGCAUAGGUGGAACGAUGUUGAACAGUCGCACCAGGGACUCCGAGGCAUCCAGAGGUCUUAUGAUGCACGAGGUCGGCUAUACUUCUCGAGACUCCCCGUCUCUAUCCGAGAAGCAUGCAGGGUGGCGCGCGAGGCCGGGUACCGAUAUCUCUGGAUCGACUCUUGUUGCAUCGACAAGACGAGCAGCUCCGAGUUGACGGAGUCGAUCAACUCGAUGUUCCUGUGGUAUAGCCUUGCGAAGAUGUGCUACGCGUACCUCGCUGAUGUUCCAUCCAACAAAGACCCCCGUAAGGACAAAUCCGCGUUCUGCUCGAGCCAAUGGCACAAGCGCGGGUGGACGCUCCAGGAGCUCAUUGCCCCUUCCGGCGUGAAGUUCCUCGCAGAUGACUGGACGGAAAUUGGCACGAAGUUCACGCUCUUUGACCUCAUCGAGGAGAUCACGGGUAUCCCUCGUCAGGCUCUGUUGCACGUGAAGUCACUCGACGAGUUCAGCGUGGCCCAGCGCCUCUCGUGGGCAGCGCGGCGGCAGACGACGCGGGAGGAGGACCGAGCGUACUCACUGCUGGGAAUCUUCAACAUCAACAUGCCCACGCUCUAUGGCGAGGGAUCUCGGGCAUUCCGGCGGCUGCAGGAGGAGAUUGUGCGGCACGUUCCCGACCUGAGUCUCUUUGCGUGGAACCGGCAUAUC